AUGGUCUGCGUGCGUGGGUAAAAUCUCCUGCUGUAGCCGAAGGUAUGGAGGCAUGAAUGACAUGUGUUGGCCCCUCCUCUCCUGCUGCUGUGGUGCGCUGCUGAGUUGAAGCGCAACAACCCGGAGAGCGCAGCAGCGACUUCACCGCUGCAACUUUGAUGACAGGGGUUUUUGGAGCAGUCGAUGAGCGCGUUUGAAGUGCCUUGCUGGUGAAGACAAGGGAAUCGAGUCUCUACCUGCGGUUCCCCCUCUGCCAGUCGGAUCAAAAUGAAACUCCUGAUUUGUGUGAUAGCAGUGGCCGUGGCGGUGAGAUCUACGCAUGGAGGUACCAAGUUGGACGAGCCGUGCGCAGGCCUGGACUGUAGCGGAGGAUGCAGGUGCAACCCAGAGAAAGGCAGCAGGGGUCGUCCAGGGCCUCUCGGUGAAGUUGGUCAGAGCGGACCAGAAGGGCCACGUGGGGUCCCGGGGCCUUCAGGGCCUAAAGGAGAGAAGGGUCACAUCGGAGUGAAGGGACCAUCUGGCCAGAAAGGAGACAAGGGACCUAUGGGCGUCCCAGGGUUCCAAGGAACUGAUGGAGUACCUGGUCACCCUGGUCUGGAGGGCGGCAGAGGACCACCAGGACUGGACGGUUGUAACGGGACCAGAGGAGAGCCUGGAGUGCCUGGCUUCGGGACAGGAUUACCUGGAUUCCCUGGACUUGCUGGGCCUUCUGGGCCAAAGGGGCAGAAAGGAGAGCCUCGAUACAUCUCGGAUAACGGCAUCACGAGUUUACCAGGCCUACCUGGAAUGGACGGUCAACCUGGUAUCAGAGGUCCUGAUGGUCCAUCUGGUUUUCCUGGUCCGAGAGGGCCUGAUGGAUUCCCUGGGCCACCUGGUCCUCCCGGUUCCCCAGGGCCAAUGGGGAGUCAAAGUGACGGGUAUCAAGGAGAGCGAGGAGACAAGGGCGACGUGGGCUUGCCCGGUGACCCCGGCCAGCCAAUGAUCAAUGGCGUUGUGGAGUUUGUGGGUUUUCCCAAAGGAGACAAAGGAAUGCAGGGUGAACCAGGUCCAAAGGGAGCCAGAGGAUUCCCUGGCAAUCCUGGCCCACCUGGACCUUUCGGCUAUCGUGGUGAACUUGGAGAGAAAGGCAUUCCUGGAUACCCCGGGGCAAGAGGUCCUCCUGGUUUUAACGGGCCUCCUGGCGCUCCAGGUCAACAGGGAUACUCAGGUAACCCAGGUUUCCCCGGGCAACCAGGAUACAUAGGACCCAAGGGAGACCAGGGAGACCAGGGACUACCAGGACCUCCUGCUUACUUUAGUGAUAUGGGCACUUCCGUUCAAGGACAACCAGGUGACCCAGGUCUCAAUGGCCUGCCCGGUCGCCCCGGUGACCAGGGAGCUCCAGGAUUCCCAGGAUCACCAGGCCAACCAGGAACUAUUGAUUUUGGUACAGGUCGUCCCGGAUCCCCAGGUUUCCCCGGGACCCCAGGCCCAAAGGGAGAGAAAGGUAACCCUGGCAUACCAAGCUAUGGCUCCGAAGGAAUCCCUGGCUCCCCUGGACCCCCCGGACACCGUGGCCCUCCUGGACCUCAGGGCCCUUCUAGCUUUGCCGUUGAUCCCUGCGUCAUCUAUCCCAACGGGUCCAAAGGUUACCCUGGACAGCCUGGGGCACCUGGCCCCAGAGGAGUGCCGGGUAACACAGGACAAAAAGGCUUCAGAGGUGAUCCUGGCGACUGUGCCUGCCUAGGAGGUGGGUCCUCUGUGUUGCCUGGGUUACCUGGACCCCCAGGAACCAACGGCAGCCCCGGCUUCAAUGGGCGAAAGGGUGAGCCCGGUGACUCCGGUUCACCCGGCUUUAAUGGCAUUCAGGGGCUUCCUGGUCGUGCUGGUGAAAGGGGUUUCUCUGGUCGUAAGGGAGAGAAGGGGGCGUCUUACUACCCCAUCCCGGGUUUGGGGGUGAAAGGAGAGCUCGGAGCUCCUGGACCCACAGGACCUACAGGUGAAACUGGAAGACCUGGCAGAGACGGACUGCCUGGCUUCCCCGGAGCCCCUGGACCCCCAGGCGACGCUGGCUUCGGCACAGUUGGAGAGAAAGGUUUCCCAGGGUUCCCAGGGCCUAAGGGUCGUCCCGGCGGCCCUGGCGAACCCGGUGUUGGCUAUGUCGGAACACCCGGCUAUCGCGGAGAGCCUGGAGAGCCCGGUAUACCUGGGUUGCCAGGGCAACCAGGUUUGCCCGGACCAAGCGGUGAAAACAGCUGUGGAGGGGUUAAUGACGCCGGAGAGGGAACUGGCCAAGUGCAACCUUGCACCGUAUCUGGUGAGGAUGGAGACCCCGGUUUCCCCGGUUUACCUGGACAACCAGGUCCUAAAGGUCAGCCAGGUUUCCCAGGAGGCCCUGGACGUCCAGGGUUUGACGGUGCCAAAGGAGAGAGAGGAGACCCCGGUUUUGGAGGCCAACCUGGACCACAAGGUUUCCCUGGACCCAGAGGGGACCCUGGAGUUCCAGGAGUUCCAGGACAGAGUUUUGACGGAGGCAGAGGGAAGGAUGGUGUUCCAGGGCGUCCUGGAGCCAAGGGCCAACCUGGAGAGGUACUGGGAGCCACGUCUGGAGCUCCAGGACAGGACGGUUUACCAGGGAUCCCUGGAGACAAGGGCCAGCCCGGGACACCAGGAGGACCUGGAUUACCUGGUGGUGACGGACGUUUCGGUGUUCCUGGACUGAAGGGAGAGCGCGGAGUGGAUGGUUAUCCUGGUAUUACCGGCCCUCCUGGACCUCCGGGUGAGCCGACUGGUGGCAUUCCCGGUCGGCCUGGAGCUCCUGGCAACCAGGGACUGGGUGGAUCACCAGGCUGUGAAGGUUUCCCUGGUCGGAAGGGAGAAAGAGGAGACCCAGGUUUUCCAGGGCCUGCUGGAAUGAAGGGAACCCCAGGACAGCCUGGCACCCCUGGAUCACCAGGGCCAAGGGGACCCCCCGGACCUGCAGGACCAGGAACUAGAGAGGGAGUCCCAGGAAUACCAGGAAGGAAAGGUGAGAGAGGUUUGCCAGGACUUAUGGGUUUCCCAGGACUCCCAGGUCGUCCUGGAAGCCCAGGGUUUCCUGGAGGGAAAGGACUGUCUGGAGGGCCUGGAAGAGACGGAUCGCCCGGCCGUUCUGGAAACCCCGGAACGAAAGGUGACAGAGGAUACCCCGGUCCCCCCGGCUUGCCCUCUCCUGUUAUUGAAAUAGAUAUGCUGGAGAAAGGAGAACCCGGAAGCCCCGGAAGCAGCGGCCUUCCUGGCUUCAUCGGAACCAGAGGUGACAAGGGUCUGCCAGGUCUCCCUGGUCGUCAGGGUCUGCCUGGACGUCCUGGUUUUGCUGAACAGAGUAAAGGACAGCCGGGACAGCCUGGGUUUCCUGGGCAACCAGGAGCUCCAGGCUUCCCCGGGCCGAAGGGAGAAGCUGGAAUCAUGGGAUUCCCUGGCAUGUCUGGACCAAGGGGUGAUGAUGGUAUACCUGGUAUCCCUGGCAACCCUGGAGAAUUUGGUCGGCCUGGUGGCAAAGGUCUACCCGGAGAUACUUUUGGUUAUCCUGGAGGUCCAGGAGCUAAAGGCCAGCCAGGAGAUUCAGGCAUCCCUGGUGGUCGUGGCAAUGACGGCACCCCCGGUGACAACGGCUUUCCAGGCACGCCAGGUUUCCCUGGAGUGAAGGGAGCUCCUGGUGAAGGAGGUCGGCCUGGAAUAAUGGGCUCCCUUGGUUUCCCCGGGCCGAAAGGCCAGUCCGGCUACCCAGGAAGAAGAGGAGCAGAUGGGUCUCCUGGUCUGCCUGGAGGUCCUGGAGGUCCUGGAGCCAAAGGUUUGCCGGGAUCCCCUGGUUUGGAUGGACUUAAUGGCCUUGCUGGGCCUAAAGGCCUCCCUGGAACCCCAGGUGUGACCGCAGGAGGUCGCCCAGGUGCCCCUGGUAUUCCAGGGCAGAAGGGAGAGAGAGGCGUUUCCUAUCCAGGAGGCCCAGGCUACCCCGGACCAAAGGGAGAGAGAGGAGAAUCAGGUGGUCCUGGACUCACAGGGUUCCCUGGUCUGCCCGGACCUCCUGGUGAGACUGUGAAGUCGGAUAUUCCCGGACCUGUGGGAGACCCCGGCCUCCCUGGACUGGAUGGAGAGUAUGGUUUCCAAGGUCCUCCAGGUCCUCCCGGGCCGCCUGGUCCAGGCACAGCCCAGGGAGACCGAGGUGAUGCCGGGCUGCCGGGCUUCCCUGGCUCCCCCGGCAGAAAAGGAGAACCAGGAGGCCCCGGAGGCCCCGGAUUGCCCGGCAGCCCCGGUUUCAAAGGAGGACGAGGUGAGACUGGCUUCAGCGGAGGUCCUGGUCUCAAGGGUUUCCCUGGUGACUCUGGUUACUAUGGAAACAAAGGAUCCAAAGGAUUACGAGGACGUCCUGGUGCUAAGGGUAUUCCUGGUGUUACAGUCAUGGACCCACGCAAACCAGAACCCCUAACCUUCGGAGACCAGGGCUUUCCUGGUGAAAGGGGAGCCCCUGGUGGCCUCGGAGAACAUGGUCAGCCUGGAAUGCCCGGACGUCCAGGUCCUAAGGGUCGUCCCGGUCCUGUGGGUAAGCUUGGCAGGACUGGAUCUUCUGGUCUGCCCGGACCUAUUGGUGACCCAGGACCCCCCGGUUUCCCUGGACCCACUGGAGAACAAGGUCUCCCCGGUGCAGCCGGUCGUCCCGGCACUCCCGGCAGCGUCGGCCGCAGUCACGGCAUCGGCUACACUCUGGUGAAGCACAGCCAGGACUCCCAGGUGCCCAUGUGUCCUCAGGGCAUGGCCAAGCUGUGGGACGGAUACAGUCUGCUGUACGUGGAGGGACAGGAGAAGGCACACAACCAGGACCUUGGCCAGCCAGGGUCGUGCCUCCCCAGGUUCAACACCAUCCCCUUCCUUUACUGCUCCCCCAACGAGGUCUGCUACUACGCCAGCCGCAACGACAAAUCCUACUGGCUCUCCACAACUGCAUCCAUACCCAUGAUGCCUGUGGCCGAGGGGCAGAUACAACCUUACAUCAGCAGGUGUUCUGUGUGUGAGGCUCCAUCUCAGGCCGUGGCGGUCCACAGUCAGGACAUGACCAUCCCCACCUGUCCUCCCGGCUGGAGGAGCCUCUGGAUAGGAUACUCCUUCCUCAUGCACACAGCAGCCGGCGCAGAGGGCGGCGGUCAGUCCCUGGUGUCUCCCGGCUCCUGCCUGGAGGAUUUCCGUGCGACACCGUUCAUCGAGUGCAACGGGGCCAAGGGCACCUGCCACUACUUCGCCAAUAAGUACAGCUUCUGGCUCACCACCGUGGAUCCCAGAAAGGAGUUUGUCUAUUCGCCAGGACAGGAGACCCUGAAGGGAGGCCAGGAGCGCUCCAGAGUCAGCCGCUGCCAAGUCUGCAGCAAGCUCUUGUAGUAGGAGGAGGUGAAUGGAGGGAGGGAAACAUCAGGAGGUGAUAUAUGAACACCUCAAAAGGAUAAAAAAAAGAGGUGUUGAUGAUGGAGGAUGAUAUGAUUUAUAAAGAAAUCUAUGAAAACAAGAACAUUUGACUGACUGAAAAUGAGCCCCUCUCCUGCUUCACUCGAACAACAUCGGCCCCGUUUUUAGAGUUUUUGAUCCGCUUUAGGAAUGAAUGGCUUAUUUAAAAAAAAAAAAAAGAGUUGGAGGGAGGAAAUGGAAAGAGAAGAGGCUCCAGUGUGCUCUCCUCUAGAUUAUCACUGACAAUGGUGCUAUUGUUUAUGUUCUUUGUGUUUAUUUUGUGUCUGUUUUCUCGUUACGGUUUUGGCGAGAAUCAUUCUCGGCUACCUCGGAUAGCACUGCACCGCUUACGCACCAGGCCUGGACGUCUGCUUCACAUGAGUCAGUUCAGACAGUAAACUCACCUAUCGAUAUGUUUGAAAGCUCAUGAAUCUAAAGUCUUAACAUUCUUUUCUGAACUGAUCUAAUUGAAGUAGAUGGAAACAUCACCUGAUUCUGGUUCAAACACACAUUUUUAGUGAAUUGGCCACCAUUAAACUUUGUAUUCUUUUGUAUUUACUGCCGCAACCACGUUAUCUGCAGUUAUCUUACAGAUUAUGUUACGUGAAAAGCUGUCACCACAGCUGCACCCGCUGAAAACAUACUGGUGGUUUUGCAUGUUUUGCAGGAAUGACUCCAUUGGUUAUCAUUCAUUCAAUUACAGAAUGGAAAUCAAAUUGCUGAGAUUUGAGACUUGCUCGAGGUGAAGUAAAGCGUUAUAGUGAACAUUUAGUGCACUAUAUUGUUUUUUGAAUGUAGCAUUAUUUUUGUUGUUAGUGUCAGUUUUCGUGCAUUUAAGGAAACAUAUCCAAAAGCAUCCGAGAUGUAAAAGUCACCUGCCAAAGUACAACUUUUUUUAAAGCUGAUAUACAGUAUUUACUUCAUUUGGUACAACAUCAAAUGCACAAAACACAAGAGACAAUGAUAAAAAAACAAAAUGUACUUGUUUUUGUGAGAAAACAGCAAAUGUGUAAAAACUGGGGAAUGAAAGAGAAAGAAAGAAAAGCAACAAUGUUAAUUAAUACAUAAUAAGUAAGUUACUGGUGGUACGCAACUUGUUCAGUCAGUACUAUAUACUUUACAUCAGAUACUAGACCAACAGCAACUUUUUAAAGGCGAAAACAACAGCCGCUGCUUCUAAUGAUAACUAAAGGUUCACUUUAAUGGAUAUUUAUUAUUUUAAGCAAGUUACAAUUCUCUACAAGUUGGUUUUUAGAGCUUAUAGAAAUCAUUUUAAACCAAUGACGGUCCAGGAUUUAGGAAAUCUAUCUAAACACCUAAAGUAUGAUGAGCGUGAAAGUUCAUUCUUGACCGUGGGAACAGUAGUUUGACAAAAUAAGAGCUUUUAUGAUGGGUUUUAUAAGCGACGUCCAUCUGCUAGUAAAGCUAGUAAGCAGACCUUGAGUUAAGAAUAUUUUGUCAAACUUCAAGUAAGUUUUGGAAGAAAAAAAAACAUGCAAAACCUACCAGUGCAGUCCUUUAACGUUUCAUAUGCCUGUGAUCUCUAAAUAUUUCCCAAUAUGACUCUGUGGUGCUACAAUACCCUGACAGCUGACUUGAAAGGCAACAUUUAAAAUAAGUUCUCAUUAAACUGCAUGCAAUGAAAAGGCUAACAAGCACUUUUCCUCUAAACUAAAACACAACCUCUGCAACAGCUAACAGCUAACUCUAGUAAUGGAAUGACUUGAAUGAGGCCACUCAUUCAUAUAUAUUGCACUGAUGUGGACUCACAUGGGUUUGAACAACAAACAAGUCAAAUCAAGGGGCAUAUCUCCUCUACAUCUCUCACCUUCACAGGCUUUCAUCUUUAUGUUGUGACCAAAAUAGUGUUUUUUAAAUCACAGUAAACCCUUCAUUCACAUUAAACUCGCAAAAGGAAACCAAAUACACACUCUCUGAUAGCUUGUUAAUUAUUGCUGUACAUAGUGCUUACUGUAUUUCCCAGCAAAGGAUGUUAGUGCCAAAGUCUUUAAUGGCUCUUUAUUUUAUUUUUAUUUUUUUCCGGUCUAUGUGUCUUUUCUCUGUCCAUGGAUAAGAAAGAGGAAGAAGUUGCUCAUUUUCUGCCUGUAAAUGUGGAUUUUGCAGACAUUGAUGAUUAAUUAACACUGAGUUGCAGUAGUAAGCAAAGACAUGCAAGAUCAGAAUUUAUGUUUUUUUACACUGACUGGUUGGCAAUGUAAAUUAAAAGUCUGGAUAAAGUGAAACUUGUUCAUGUCAGACUAUUCUCCUCUUGUAACAUUAUCCUUGGACAGUGAAAGCUACUGGGUGACUUGUAACCACUAUGACCACUGUGUCCAGCACACAGCUCUGUCUCUCAGCUGGUAGCCCUGAUUUUAUUACUAUGUCACAUUUUACUUCUUUUAUUUUAUUUUUCACCUUUAUUUUGUCAGCCUUUAUUGUUUUGUAAACUAGAUUGUAAUUAUUUCACUUAAUUGGUUUUAUUUACUGAGAUUGGAGGGAAUGGGAAGAAAAAUUAUAUGUACAUUAAAUAUUAUGAAAAAAAAAUGCCUUUAGGAUUAUGUUUUUAUAUGGGAAAUAUAUUUGCCACUGAAGACGUAACAACAAUUUUUGUCUGUUUGAUCUUUACCCCCAUGUUCAAAGCCGAGAGUUGAAAUGUGUUAUGCAGCGACAUACUGUGAGUGCCUGGAGUGACAGAAAAGAAAUGCAGUUUUCCUCAAAGAGGAUCCAUAACAAAAAAUGGAAAUAACAUGUCCGUUACUGUAAUGUGUAUUUCUGUGCUCACACACUUUGAAAUAAAGUCUCUAAACUAACUCAGAAUUUACAAUGUAGAAUUAUUAUACAUAAAACUGAGGUAUUUCAGUAUUUACGUGGUAGCAGCAGGUAUUCCUAAUGUUUUGUACAUGUAACCUCCACUGAGAAUAUUCCAUGUGUUUUGUUGUGCUUUAGUCAGAUUGCUGUGUGCUUGGCAAAAGCAAAUUAAAAACAUUUAACACCUUGUA